AUGUUCAAUAACAACAACAACAACAACAAUAAUAAUAACAACAACAAUAACAACAGCGAUGGUGUCGAUCUUCUCAAGAUUGUGGAGUUGAGACUGCAGCUAGGAAAUUCAGAAGAUAUUCAAGAAAAGGAUCAGUCCACACAGACCCCGAAUGAUCAAGAUGGUUCCUCGAGCUGUUCUUCUUCUUCGCCUAGUCUUGCUACCACUGCUGCUGUCCCUCCUCUUCCAACAUCAACCACCACAAGUGGCUUUGAUAUUAUGAAGAUUGUCAGAGAAAGAGCUGAUGCUGCACGUCUUGAGACAACUGGAGACUUGGAGCUAGUCGAACUCACCCCAAAAAAUGGCACAACACAACGGGAAAGAGCCAGCAGCCACGACAGAACCACAGAUCAUCCGCAAGUGCCACCACCUACCAUGCUAACAAGGCAACCCGAAUUUUCUAGGCAACAACAAAGGAAUCCUGGUGCCUAUGCCAUUGAUGGUCCAGGACUUGCUAAUGACAGAGAGAAUCAUUCGAAUACCGGUAAUAAUACUGGUACAAGUUUGGAAGGCCUUGACAAUUGGGUUGAAGAAAUUGCAGAUCAUGAAAUCAUUGCACAUCCUAUAGAUGAUGAUCAGCAGAUAGGCCUUUUACCCAAUGCAGAGCCACUUCCAACCGACCAGAGAUCAAGACAGUACUGGAGGAAAAAGCUGCUUUGUUCACUCUCAGUUGAGGUUAUUGUGGCUUUCGUUGUUGUAUCAAUUAUUAUUGUCCUAAUUGUUGUGCUGACAUCCAAACAAGGAAGCAAAAAUCAGCCACCUAAUCAAAAUGGAUCAAGUCGUAAUCCUGCAAAUCCUGCGGAAGCCACUGCAACAGAACAGACCUUUUUGGAGUCACUCAAUCUACCUCACUACACGCUAAAGGCACUUGAAAACUCCAGAUCUCCUCAGUCCAAGGCUUAUCAAUGGUUGGUCAACAACAUCAAUAACCAAACCACCGCUCAACCAGAUCUACCAAAAUGGAGACUGAUACAAAGAUUUGCUAUGGCCACAUUCUACUAUUCCACAAGAGGGGAUUAUUGGGUGAAACAUCGUGGCUGGCUGGAUUGGGAGACUAACGAAUGCAGCUGGGAACAAAUAUCCUCGGACGACACAUUCUCUCCAGACCUGUGCUGUAAUGAGAUGGGAGAAAUCAAGGCGCUGAUAUUCGAGACUGCCAAUAACAUGGAAGGAACAAUUCCUCCUGAGAUUUCCAUGCUGGGGAAAAGCUUGCAGUCGAUCGAAGUGAAGCAGCAAUUGCAACUCAAGGGCACCAUCCCAAGUGCGAUUGGACUUCUGACAAAAUUGACUCGAUUAGUAUUGAGUGCGACAAACAUUGAUGGCUCCUUUCCAACCGAGUUGGGUCAACUGCAGAGUCUUCAGGAGCUUCAACUUCUUGUGACACCAAUUCAUGGGCAUAUUCCUUCUGAGAUUGGACGACUGGGCAACUUUUCGGACUUGCUUGUGGUGAGAAUUGAUCUAACAGUACCAGGUGAGCUUUACAAAUUGCCUGCCCUGCAGUCUCUAUCAAUUUAUGAGUGCCCUGGGCUGGAAACUGAAUAUAUCCUUCAAGAAGUUAUUCACAAUACAAAACAGCUUCGUAUUCUUGGACUAUCAAGCCGGGGCAGUGGGAAUGUAUUGCCAAUUCCAUCUGAACUUGGCAAGCUGACAGAACUGAAAACCCUCGCUUUGGAGGACUGGACAAAUCAUGGCACUAUGCCGAGUGAGAUUUGUCACUUGACAAAGCUGGCCUCCCUGAACUUGCAUGGGAACUCAAUCUCUGGAAUUUUGCCGGGCGAGCUCUUUGAACUGACUCAGCUAACCGACCUCAAUGUUGGCUCCAACAAGUUGCAGGGCACACUCCCACCUGCUCUCUUUUCCAAACUUUCUCACUUGCAGUUCAUAGACAUCAGUGACAACCUCUUCUCGGGCACUGUUCCUACAGAAGUGGGUCGACUGUCUGGUCUCUGGCAACUAGAAUUUCAGAAUACCACCCUUUCUGGGACCCUCCCUACAGAAAUACUAAUGCUGGAGAAAUUGACCAACUUGGUAGUCACAGACACAUCCUUGUCGGGCAGCAUCCCUGAAGAGCUGUGUGACAGAAUGUACGAGCAGGAAAUGAUAUGCUUCGGUACUCCACCAUGUAAAGUCUUGCGAGUGAAUACCAGCACAACAGCUUGCCAUGGCACUUCCCUCUGUGGGUGUGAUUGUGGUCCUUGCAAACCUAAUUAA